AAAUAAGGAAGGAAGACCGCGUCGUCCUCGGAUGUAUCACCCACGAUCAAUGGCGUGCCCCACCAUCGGAGUACCUAAGUACCUAGAUACCCAUUCGGUCCCGGACAAUUGCUCGAUUCAGCCCAGUCUAGGCUUAUCUGACCAAUCAAACCCCCCACACUCGUCAUGAAUCGUAAUCAACCUGCACCAUAAUAGAAGACGAUGUGUUUUUUUUGUGAUAGUCGAUAGAAAUUAUCGCCGACAUUCCGUCCGUCUUUCCCGCCACGCAAUUUUAAAAAUGUUGGUGCGACUCGCUUUAAUUCACUACCUAGUCGGGAUGCUUUUCGCUCUAUGCUUACUUGAUAAGUUGAGGACUUAAUAGGCACUUAUAAAUCAAGUCGAAUCCUAUAGUCCUACUCGAUCGAAUUUGUUAAAGCCGGACAGCGAAGAUGCUCAGAUUUUCCGAGGCCGUACAGUUAGGCUGGUGUACGGGUUGCCCUAGAAUGACUAUGGGUGCGGUAUAAAAGCCAAGGCUAGGGAUGGGUUUGAAAAUUUGAAUGAAUUAGAUGAAGAUUACAAUAUCAACUUCAAAUACAACAUUUAUCUUACCAAGCACCUACCUAGGUAGUGUAUCUCGGACCAAAGCUGUCUAAGUGAAAUCCAACCCGACUUGACUAUAACGGAAAAACUACGAGAAAUCAAACUUUAUAAAAUGGCGGCCAAAUCGAUCGCUCUCAUCACGAUGAGCACCCGAGGUGCCAGAGUCGGCCCCACCGUCGCCGACUUCGUCAAGAAGAUCAUCGAGCCGCCUCUAGCCGCCGACAACAUAUCCGUCGCCAGCGUGGAUGUCGUGAAGUUCAACUUACCAGUCUAUAACGAAGCUGUAGCACCAGCUAUGGUCCCCGACAAAGCCAGCUUCCAAUACGCACACUCCAAAGCGUGGAGCGCCGAAAUCGCGCGGCACGACGGGUACAUCCUAGUAAUCCCCGAGUACAACCACGGCAUGGCGGGCGGCACCAAAAACGCCAUCGACUACCUCAUGCACGAAUGGAAAGGCAAGCCCGCCGCCAUCGUCAGUUACGGCGGGCGAGGCGGUACCACCGCAUCCGAGCAAGUGCGUAACUCUCUAUCCAGUAUGGGACUUCGCGUUGCCGAGACCCGUCCCAGUCUGUCGUUUAACCAACCGGAUGUUAUGGCCGCGGUCGGAACGGGGAAGUUGGGCGAGGCCACGUUGAAGACUUGGGGCGAGGAGAAGGCGGAUGGGAUUCGGAAGACGGUGGAGGAGUUGAGGGAGUUGCUAUUGCAGCCUAAUGCUGAGGGUAAUGUUGCGAAGCCUUAGGUAGUGUUUAUGACUUAUAGGGAGUUUGGAUACUUUAGAAGAUAUGGUUAGACGAGAUUAUCCAAGGCGUAUGUGCCUAGGGAGUCGAGGAAUAGUUAGCUUAGAAUUUAUUACUGUUAUAGAAUAUUCACAUCUUGAAUUGUUUAGAAGUCAUUCUCGUA